AUGGAUGAUCGUCUGGAAGACAUGAUGUGUGAUAUUGGACAAGAUUCGUUUAAGAGGGCACAUGCGUAUGAUAGCUUAUGCAAUGACAAGGAUACACCUUUGUACCCGGGAUGCACAAAUUUUACACGUUUGUCAGCCGUGUUAAAAUUGUUUAAUCUGAAGGCAAUUAACGGGUGGACUGACAAAAGUUUUACCGAAUUACUUGAACUGUUGACACAAAUGCUUCCAAAAGGUAACGUACUGCCAAGUCGUUAUUACGAGGCUAAGAAAAUACUGUGUCCGAUGGGUUUGGAGUAUGAAAAGAUACAUGCAUGUCCUAAUGAUUGCAUAUUAUACAGAAAAGAGUACGUAAACUAUAACCAUUGUCCAAAGUGCAAGGCGUCACGCUACAAAAAGAGACAUGGUGAAUCUAGUGAUGAUGAGGAGGUCAAAAAGGGUCCUCCUGCGAAAGUGGUAUGGUACCUACCAAUAAUUUCAAGGUUUAAGAGAUUAUUCACUAAUGCAAACGACGCAAAGAAUCUUAGAUGGCAUGCAGAAGAAAGAAAAUGUGAUGGACAAAUCCGCCAUGUAGCUGAUUCUUUGCAAUGGAAGAAAAUUGAUUAUUUGUUUCCAAAUUUUGGCAAAGAGUCGAGAAACCUUAGACUUGGACUUGCUACUGAUGGAAUGAAUCCGUUUGGUAAUCUAAAUACUAACCAUUCUUCUUGGCCUGUUCUUCUGAUGAUUUACAACCUAUCUCCUAGGUUGUCCAUGAAGCAUAAAUAUAUUAUGUUAUCCAUGAUGAUUUCGGGCCCAAAACAACCAGGAAAUGACAUAGAUGUUUAUCUAAGUCCACUGAUCGAUGAUUUAAAAGUGUUGUGGGAGGAAGGGGUGGAUGUUUUCGAUGCGCAUUCUGGUGAACAGUUCAAUAUGCAUGCCAUGUUGUUUUGCACCAUCAACGAUUUUCCGGCAUAUGGCAAUUUGUCUGGGUAUAAAGUUAAAGGGCAUAAAGCGUGUCCUAUAUGUGAAAAAGACACAUGUUACCAUCAGCUUGAAAAAGGAAAGAAGACUGUUUAUCUCGGGCAUCGAAAAUUUCUAAAUCGUUAUCAUCCAUAUCGUAGAUUGCGGAAAGCUUUCAAUGGGGAACAAGAGCAUUGUAUUGAUGUGAUGCACGUGGAGAAAAAUGUAUGUGAUAGUGUAAUCGGAACACUUCUCAACAUUCAAGGCAAGACAAAGGAUGGUAUUAAUACUCGUCUAGAUUUGGGCGUGAUGGGUAUACGAGAAGAGCUAACUCCACAAUAUAUAGGUAACAAGACGUAUCUGCCUCCUGCCUGCUACACUUUGUCGAAAAAAGAGAAAACAAGUUUUUGUGAGUGUUUAGAAAGUAUCAAAGUGCCGCAUGGUUACUCAUCAAAUGUCAAGAGGCUUGUAUCAGUUAAAGAUCUCAAAUUACUUGGCUUAAAAUCUCAUGACUGUCAUGUCUUAAUGCAACAACUACUACCAGUGGCUAUUCGUGGGAUAUUGCCUAACAAUGUUAGGAAGACUAUAACUAGGUUGUGCCUGUUUUUCAAUGCAAUUUGUUGCAAAGCCAUUGAUCCAUUAAAGUUAGAAGAUUUGGAAAAUGAGGUUGCAGUUAUCUUGUGCCAAUUAGAGAUGUUUUUUCCUCCUUCAUUUUUUGACAUUAUGGUUCACUUAAUUGUUCAUCUAGUAAGGGAGAUUAGAUUAUGUGGUCCAAUUUUUUUACGGUGGAUGUAUCCAAUAGAGCGAUACAUGAAGAUCCUAAAAGGGUAUACCAAGAAUCCACACCGUCCAGAAGCAUCGAUUAUUGAGAGGUACAUUGCAGAAGAAGCAAUUGAGUUUUGUUCUAAUUAUUUGUCGGAAGUGAAUGCUGUAGGGGUUCCCAAGUCUCGUCAUGAUGGAAGACGUGAGGGUGUGGGUACACAAGGUUUAAAGAUCAAGAGCUUAAGUAUUGAUGUGGUUGUUCAAGCGCAUUUGUAUAUAUUGAAUAACACGGAUGAAGUUCAACCUUACUUAUCUGCUCACAAAAGCAUCAUAAAGAAAAAGUGGUCAGUUGUUCUACAAGGAAAGGUGCAUGAUAGUGAUGAAAAUCAAGAUGCGAAUCUUGAUAUUUCAAAAACUCCUCCUUUCUCAACAAAUGUGCCUACCUUCAUUGAAGAAGAUGUAGAGGAUGAUGUGCAUGCUAUUCGCAUAGAUCAUGAAGAAGGGAUAUGGGAGAACUAG